AUCUAAUUAUUAAUUUAGUAAUUUAAAAUUUAAUAUGAAAACUUUCAGCCUCCUCGGCUCAUCACUAUCCCUAAAAAUGUAGAUCUAUUUAGUAAGGGAAAAACAUACACUAUUAAAUGUAGGACUAGAUAAUGUAGAUAUGUUCUGAAAAUAUGAAACAUUCUUUCAAAAAGAUGCUAUGUCGUCAGAAUGAACAGGGUACUAUUUGACGCCCAGAGUUCCCCAGCGGUAUUUUGGCACCUGGAAUAAUUUGAUUCAACUGUCAAACUAUACCAGGCACAUCAGCCAAUACCCCGUUGUUGCGUAACUGGAGCAUCCAAGGCUCCCCCAUGAGCACUACGGUAUAUAUGGAUAUGAUGGCCUACUAUAAUCAUUGACUAAACAAACAUGACGCACCCGCUAGUGGUUAGGUGACCAGGAGCUCUCACGGCUGUUAAAUGUGAUUCUUCAAAGUCCGAUUAAAUCCAACAAACAUUACUUUCUUAUUACUGAAUUUUCAAUCCAGGAGAAUUGAAAAAUUUUCUCAAAAGUCUGGAGAUGUCUUGAAUAUCAGAUGUUGUAUUAUAGAGCACGAGCAAUUAUAUCCCAACUCCUAUAUUUUAACUGAAAAACUUGUAGGUUAUCUUAUACACCCAAUCAUUUCAUACAAAGAAAAAUACUGCAUUUCUGCUAAUUAUUCUUUUAUACUGAAAUAAAAUAUUUAUAACUAUUACAAACUUUUUGGUUGUAAUAUAGUAUAUAGUAGCUUAAUAUCUCUAAUCCUUUCCCUGUAUGGUACUAAUUCUAACCCAUCUUAAAGUUAAAGCAAACGCCUCUUUUACAUUAAGCAUUUAAUACUUCAGCAUGUUGAAUGUGCAAUAAUAUUAAUCUUGCUUUAGUGCUGAUCCAUAUAAGCAAAGUAGAUCUGUUAUUGUAAAAAUUUCCGUAGACUUAAAAGUAUUUUUUGCAGGAGAAUUGAUACUUCCUGCAACACAGCGUCCUGAUGGGACAUGGAGAAAACCAAGACGUGUAAAAGAUGGAUACAUUCCACAAGAGGAAGUUCCAGCAUGUCAGUAAAUUACGUAUAACCAGCAAAUGUCAAUUACCAAUAAUGGAUGCUGAAAGUUCUUCUGCUAAACAAGAUAUGGAGACUAUCACAUCGGACGGAAAUAUUUCUACCAAACCGUAUUCUACAAGUCUACAUUCUGCACCAGAGACUGCAAAUGUUGCUGAGAUUAUUCCUUGUAUAAUUUCCUCUGCUAGAGCAUCAUUAUCUUUAGAACCACCGUGCAAUCCACCUAAUGUGCUGAUCACCUAUGGGGACUCUAAUGAAGAACAUGACAAAAGCCCUGAGAGAAAACAUAAGCGAAAUAAAGUUAAACCAUCAUUACAUUCCUCCCAAACAAAAGAUCCUGAUAAAAAUACUGCCAAGGUUAAACUAGAUGUAUUGCCUAAAAGUAAAAAGAAACUAAAAUUGAAUACUCAGUGGGCUGAAGAAUUAACUGCUUUAACUUUGGCUGUUUCAAUAGGGUAUGAAAAUCCCUAUCAGAAAUUAUUAAUGGGUGGAAGUAAAGAUCAGGAAACAACAAAGUACGUGACUCCAGUAGAAAUAAUUCAGCAGCUACUUGAUUACAAAAAAUCUGGCAAGUGCUCUUGUUUAGACAACUUAUGUAUACAAGACAUAGCAGCUCAUAGGAUUGAGGUCACACUUCUUGAUAGACAUUCUAGGGAUGUGUUCAUCAUGGGGAUGCUGCGUUGUGCAGUCUUUUCUAAAAAGGAAAAGAAGGCUGGUGGUUCACGUAGUUGUAAUAGGUUUAACUACCGCAUAUUGAACACUAAAAUAUGUCACGCCUGUUUCCUGCAUGUCAAUAAUAUCCGUGGGAAAUAUAUGAAGAAUUUAAAGAAACAUUUUUCUACUCAUGGUGUUACUUCAAGAGUCCAUGGUAAUAUUGGUAGGAAGCCUUAUCAUGCUAUCACAUCUGUUGACAUCAAUGAUGCUGUGGAUUUUAUCAACUCUUAUGCAUCAACUUAUGGAACACCAUCUCCGAAGGCACCAAAAAAUGUUCGAGCAAAAAGAGUUAUUAGACUUCCAACUGCUGUCACGAUUAGAUCAGUUCACAAGCUUUACAAAGAGCAUUGUGUGCAGACUGGGAAAAGAGAUGUGGCUAUGGCCUCGUUCAGAAGGAUAUGGAAUCAACACACUGCCCAUGUUAAACUUUCAGUGAAUGAUUCUCCCUCUCCAAGUAAAUUAAAACCAACAAAAAACACUACGCCAACACAGACUUUUCAAAUGGAAGAACAUUUGGCUGCAAAGAAUUCGGUAAAUGCCAAAAACGAUUAUGGAAAUAGUGAAAUGCAUAUUGCACCAUCAAAGCCUCUUUUAACACCAAGUAAUUACACUAAUAGUGACACUUCCAUGACUCCAGGAAACACAGUGACUAUGUUCCUUAACAAUGGCCAUUCCACAGAAUUGAUUCAGUACAACUAUAUUUACCCACAGAAUAUUGUACAACUUCAAAGCAGUGUUCAGUAUGACAAUCAGAAUCAAGUGUGACCUAGAGCAAAGGUUCUCUGAUUAACACUCAGCCUAUCUAGUCCUAAUAUAAAAACAAUCUGGGUCUUCCAAUCCUUGUUUAUAUACUUGUCUUUUUUUUAUGUAAAUAUUUUCCUGAUAUUUAUUUACUUUAAAUUGGAUCUGGUAUUUUCAAUUUAUUUUAAUUAUAUUUUUCUUUAAACAUGGAAGGUAACAAUGGAUUAAUUCAUGUAAGAUUUGAUUUUAAACAUGGUUUGUCAUUUGGGUACAUGUAUAUCUUACUUUAUUUCUUAAGUGUUUUUUCUACUACUUGUUACUUAGGAAACACUUCAACACAGUUGUUUUUUUUACUUCAGAACUUCCUUAUCCAGAGAGCAAAUUAAUAUCUAGUCCAGACCAACUGAGUUGAUCAUUUUUAGGCUAUGAGGUUAAAGUCUGGCUAAGUGGCUAUUAUCCCCACCAUUGGCCUGGUACUGGCACAUGGGCCAUUGCUCACAGGAAAUUAACAUCUAAUUGCCUUAAUUAAAUACUCAGUAAUUUGAUGAUUAUUAUGCUAUCUAUGUUUAUAAAACUGCAUGUAUGACAGAGUAAUAUUUGCUAUAAUUUAUUUUGUUAAUGAUUAUACAACUGUCUAGUUUUGUAAACAGAAAUUUUAUGCACUAUAAAUUAUAAAAAAUUUGUGCAUCCUGUUUUGUUUUUUUUUAACUUGAUUCUUAAAAGUGAUGUUUUGGUCAAAGUUUUAAUAAAAACUGAAAAUAAAAUAAUAUUGAACAAACUUGCCACAAGGAAUUUUAGUAUAAAGAUAACAAGUCAUUUUAAGAUGG